AUGGAUUCCCAUGCCCAUCAUCAUCAGGGUUACCAACUGCACCAUCAGAACCAACCCUCUUCUGGGUUACUUCGUUUUCGCUCUGCACCGAGUUCGCUCCUUUCAAAUCUCACACCUUUCGUGAGUUACGGUGGUGACACUGUUGCUUCAAGUAGCUUCAAGGAGUUGGAAGAAAACAACAACAAGGGUUGUUCUAAGGAUUUGAGUUGUAUGAAUUCGCAUAAGGGUUAUGGUGGGGGGUUGCCACCUCACUAUCCGAGACACGGUUCUUCUUCUGCUACUUCGAGUUCUGCUAUGGAAGGGUCUUAUGGGUUGGUGGAUUCAAUGGGAAUGAAUCAUGAAGCUCCAAAUAAGGGGUUUGGGUCAGGUCUUCACAGACAGAGUAGCUCUCCUGCUGGCCUUUUCUCCAACAACAAUAUUUCCUUUCAAAAUGGGUUUGCCACCAUAAAAGGUGUUGGAAACUAUGGUGGAGUGAAUUGCAAUAGUAGUGAACUUAGUCCAUGUAUUAGCAGAUUGAAGAAUCAGAUUAGCUUCUCACCUAGAAAUGCUUCUUCCCUGGGAAUGUUGUCUCAGAUCUCCGAAAUAGGGAGUGAAGACGUCGAGGCAACUAGCCCUGAUGAUGAUACGAGUCAUGGAGGUAAUGAUACUCAACAUUUUGGCCCUGAAUUCCCCUAUGGUUCUUGGAACGAGACUCCACAACUCUCAGAAAAUCUCAGCGGCUUGAAAAGAGGGAGAAGUGGCAAUGAAAAGAUAUUUUCUGAUGUUCAGAAUGGAGAGCUAGGAAACCAAGUUAACAUAUUAUCACAUCACUUGAGUUUACCAAAAACUUCAGCAGAGAUGAUUACCAUGGAGAAGUUGCUUCAGUUCCCUGAUUCUGUUCCUUGUAAAAUCAGAGCAAAGCGAGGGUGUGCUACUCAUCCUCGAAGCAUUGCUGAAAGGGUUAGAAGAACUCGGAUCAGUGAAAGAAUGAGAAAAUUGCAAGAGCUUGUCCCAAACAUGGACAAGCAAACCAACACAGCAGACAUGUUGGACUUGGCUGUUGAAUACAUUAAAGAUCUUCAGAAACAAUUUAAGACUCUUAGUGAUAAACGGGCAAACUGCAAGUGUUCAACCAUGCAAAAGGAAGAUACAUAA